CUUGAUUUCAAGCCAUCUGCAUGUUUGAUGCACCCUCUCUGCUAUGGAAUCCUGGCCUACGCUGGGCUGGCUCCUCUUCCUUAGCUUAAUUGCUGACUGCCUGAAGGGAACACGAGCGCGAGACUUUACAGUGAAAGAUAUUGUGUACCUUCAUCCUUCAACAACUCCGUAUCCUGGUGGAUUCAAAUGUUUUACCUGUGAACAAGCAGUUGAUAACUACGAAUGCAACCAGUGGGCUCCAGAUGUGUACUGUCCAAGAGCAACAAGAUAUUGCUAUUCUCAACAUACCCUGGAAGCCAAUGGAAAGAGUGUAUCAGUCACCAAGAGAUGCGUGCCACUGGAAGAUUGUUUGACUACGGGAUGCAUCGCUCUCCAGCAUAAAGGACUCAAGGUAUGCACUUCUUGUUGUGAAGGAAACAUCUGCAACUUGACAUUACCUAGGAAUUCAAGCGAUGCCAUAUUUUCAACAACAACACCUAUAAAUCAUACGCAGAGACAUUGGCAAGAUGCAUCUGUAAUAAUGUUAGGUCUCCUGUCUCUCUUUGCUACGUAGUCCUUUUUGGAUAAAUUACCAACUAAACAUCAAGGAAAUCCAAUGGGAUGAAAAUAUUUAUGCACACAAAUGUGACCUUAAUUUAAUAUAUGUUUUUCAAUGCUUUCUUCUUCUUUUAGUGACAUUUUAA